GCUGGCCGAGCAGCUGGAGGCCAGCCACCGCCUGCUCACCUCCACCAAGUGCACCGUCGCUGCCGAAGAGGAGGGUGGCUCGUCCUGGACGGGCUCUGUGCAGCCCGGCGGGUGCGGCGACAUCCUGCGCGUCCUGCUGCUGCGGCUGCGGGCGGACGGCCAGCUGGGAGAGGUUGACGUCGGCGACAUCGCCGUUCCUGCUCUCUGUGGUCCGACUCACGUGGGACAGCCUCUGAUCUCCGUCCUCUCGAUAACUGAUAAACACCUCGACAAUGGUCGUCUAAAAGUGAAUGACAUUCUUCUGGAAAUCCAGAAGAACUGGGUCGUUCCUCGCAGCCUGAUGAACCUAGAGGGCGACGGCUCUGAGGACCUGCUGCGCGUCAUGGGGCCACAUCUCGAGCAGCUGCAGACCUCGGGUGAGGUUCAGCCCAGCGUCAUGGAGGAAGUGCUGCAGAUGUCGGGACUCAGAAGACUUGAAGUUACAUGCGCUGAGGAUGAGGGCUACCCAGACCUGCCGUUAGGGCUGGAGGAGCUCUACAUUGACGAAAUAACUGAAAACCAGCUGCGUUGUGUGGAGCGCAUGCCCAGACUGAGCAGCUUGGAGGUAAACAAUUACCGUGGUCCAAAUCUGACCUUUCCUCCCUCGCAGCAUAACCGGCUGGUGUGGCUCUGCGUGGGCUUCGAUACUGACCACAAGUCCACCAUACUUUCUCUGAUUCGCGCCCACGCCUCUUCAGUGCAGGAGCUCCGUGUGUACUGCACCUUGCCUCCUGGUGACAAGAACUUCUACUUCCCCGACCUGGGCCAGGAGCUGGCGGCCUGUGGCUUGCGCGCCUUGCGGCGGCUUGUCCUUGAACGUCCUACGAAAUCCACUGCAUGUCAGGCGGCGGCGUGCCUGGUGCAGCGACGGGUCAUCCGAAGCUGCUUGCACCCUUCUGUUGAGGUGGUCUGUAUGGCGUGUCAGACAAUGCAAUUCUAGAAAAAUGUACUCAGCAUGCUUUUCCUGCGGCAAUCAUGCUGCUUAACGAAAACUCUCUUAAUUCUUUAAAGGAUGUAUGUGACAUAAAGCAACUCUGAUGCAUUGUUAUUGUUUUGAGCAGUUUAAACUGUCAAACUUGUAAAUAUAACUAAUCCAUU